GCGCGCGGCGAGGGGCGGGGGCGGGGGGCGAGCGGCGCGGGCGCGCGCGCACUACCCGGCAUGCAGCGGGCGGCGGGUUCGCACCAAGAUGGCAGCGCCUCUGGAUGAGUACGAGAAAGAAGCGGGUUGCGUCCCCAUCCUGCACCCGGAGGAACUCAAGCCUCAGAGCCAUUACAACCAUGGAUAUAGUGAAUCUCUUGGGCGGAAAAGCCACAUUGAUGAUUAUAGCACUUGGGACAUUGUCAAAGCCACACAGUAUGGAAUAUAUGAACGAUGUAGAGAGUUGGUAGAAGCAGGUUAUGAUGUACGGCAACCAGACAAAGAAAAUGUAACACUUCUCCAUUGGGCUGCAAUCAACAACAGGAUAGAUUUGGUGAAAUACUAUAUAUCAAAAGGUGCUAUUGUUGAUCAGCUGGGAGGAGAUUUAAAUUCUACCCCGCUUCACUGGGCAACAAGACAGGGUCACUUAUCCAUGGUUGUACAGCUGAUGAAAUAUGGGGCAGAUCCGUCGCUAAUUGAUGGAGAAGGAUGUAGCUGUAUUCAUUUGGCUGCCCAGUUUGGACAUACUUCGAUUGUUGCUUACCUGAUAGCAAAGGGACAGGAUGUAGAUAUGAUGGAUCAAAAUGGAAUGACACCUCUAAUGUGGGCAGCUUACAGAACACAUAGUGUGGAUCCAACCCGAUUACUGCUUACAUUUAAUGUUUCUGUUAAUCUUGGAGACAAAUAUCAUAAAAACACAGCACUGCACUGGGCUGUGCUAGCAGGAAAUACUACAGUCAUUAGUCUUCUGUUAGAAGCUGGAGCCAAUGUAGAUGCUCAGAACAUCAAGGGAGAAUCACCACUUGAUCUAGCAAAACAGAGGAAAAAUGUUUGGAUGAUCAACCACUUACAGGAAGCAAGGCAGGCAAAGGGAUAUGACAGUCCAUCCUUUCUCAGAAAGCUGAAAGCUGAUAAGGAAUUCCGUCAGAAGGUGAUGCUGGGAACUCCUUUUCUGGUUAUUUGGCUGGUUGGGUUUAUAGCAGACCUAGACAUUGAUUCUUGGCUCAUUAAAGGGCUGAUGUAUGGUGGAGUUUGGGCUAUGGUGCAGUUUCUUUCAAAGUCAUUCUUUGAUCAUUCCAUGCACAGUGCACUGCCACUUGGAAUAUACUUGGCAACGAAAUUCUGGAUGUAUGUGACGUGGUUCUUCUGGUUUUGGAAUGAUCUCAAUUUUUUCUUUAUACAUCUUCCAUUCCUUGCUAAUAGUGUUGCACUUUUCUACAAUUUUGGAAAAUCCUGGAAAUCUGAUCCAGGAAUCAUCAAAGCCACAGAAGAACAAAAGAAAAAGACAAUAGUAGAACUUGCAGAGACAGGAAGUCUGGACCUUAGUAUAUUCUGCAGUACCUGUUUGAUACGGAAGCCAGUGAGGUCUAAACACUGUGGUGUAUGCAAUCGAUGUAUAGCAAAGUUCGAUCACCACUGCCCAUGGGUGGGUAACUGUGUAGGAGCAGGGAACCAUCGCUAUUUUAUGGGGUACCUGUUCUUCUUGCUUUUUAUGAUCUGCUGGAUGAUUUAUGGAUGCAUCUCUUAUUGGGGAUUCCACUGCGAGACAAGUUACACAAAGGAUGGAUUUUGGACCUAUGUUACACAGAUUGCUACCUGUUCUCCUUGGAUGUUUUGGAUGUUUUUGAACAGUGUUUUUCACUUCAUGUGGGUGGCUGUGUUACUCAUGUGUCAGAUGUAUCAGAUAUCUUGUUUAGGUAUCACUACAAAUGAAAGGAUGAAUGCAAGACGAUACAAGCACUUUAAGGUUACAACCACAUCUAUUGAAAGCCCGUUCAACCAUGGAUGCAUAAGGAAUAUUAUAGACUUCUUUGAAUUCAGAUGCUGUGGUCUUUUUCGUCCUGUUAUCGUGGACUGGACAAGGCAGUAUACAAUAGAAUAUGACCAAACUUCAGGAUCAGGCUACCAGCUAGUGUAGCACCACGUUCAUCCUGUGAGCAUAUCAUAUCUGAGUGGUGCCUGAAAAAUUUUCUCUCUCUCUCUCGAAUCCACAUCCCUUGAAGAGUAGCAUGCUAUGUGUAGGGCUGAUGAUGAAUCUUAAGGUACCUUCUCUUCAUCAGAAUUUUAUUAACAGAAGUAAAAAUGGACAGAAUAAACUGCCAAACCUGAUAAGGAAGAGGAGGAAGAUCAAAAGGGGAUUUUAACAGUUCUUAACACGAGAAUUAUUCACAACAGCAUAUUCACAGUAUUUGUUGUUGGGUUUUUUAUUUAAGAUCUUUCACAAUGGAGCAUGAGAUUAUUGAAGUAUUGACAUAAGUAGUUAUGUUGUGCUGAGCAGAAUACUCUUUUCCCAGUACAGAUAAUUCCAGUGGAACAAGAAUCCAGAAUAAAAAAAAGCUAAAUUUCGUGAUGCAAAGCUCACUAAGAUUGCUACAUUGUAGUUCCUGUAAUGUGACUUUUUAAUACAGGUUUUCUGUAGUAUUAUGUACAUUGAAAAAUGUGCAUUCCAAUACUGUGAUAAAAAUCAUGUGGUGGGAAUCCCUUGUAAUGCAUUAAGUUAUUGCAAUACUGUGAUAAAAAUCAUGUGGUGGGAAUCCCUUGUAAUGCAUUAAGUUAUUGCAGUAGAGCACGUCAGAUAAUGUUAGCAAAAAAAUACGUUGCCUACGUUUUUUGAUUGUUAUUGCCACCAGUUCCUGGUACAAUUAAAUGCUUGUAAUAACCCUGUUCUGAGAUUAUAUAGUCUGAAAAUAAACAAUUGUGAAAAUAAGGAAAGCUCUUCUGUCAAAGUUAAAGCCCCGCUUAAAUGCAUGAUACACCUUUAAAACUAGAUUACAGUAUAUAAUAUUGAGCAAAAAAAGUGGAAAGAGUUUAUCUUUGAAGUGAUUGUAUAAACAAAUAGUGAUGUUUCAAUAUUAGGUUUCAUCCCCAUGCUGUACAGUGUAGUGCAAUCAGAAACAUGUUCAAAGAGAAGUGUCAUAGGGAGAACCAAGGAUGUGACUACAAAACUCUCAAUUAUAAAAAGACAAGAAGUAAUGGUUUUAAAUUUAAUAUGACUACAAAAGAACCUAAAGCUAUCUGAAAUACUUUGUUUGCAUGUAAAUUAAUGGAAAACAAACUUAAUUUAUUUUAAAAAGUACAAUCCCGAUAAUAGCACAUGCAAGUAGAAAAUCUAAUGCAACAUUCUGAGGAAGAUGGUGUAUCAGCAAGUGGAAAUCACCCUUAAUUUUUUAUUUUUAAGUUCUCAUGCUACAGAUAUGUUUGGAAGGUAAGGAAUGAUCUGAAAUUGCAUUCCAAAGGGGCUUUUUUUGAAUGUGAUGCACUGAUUUUUGUUAUGGUGUUUUCAUAUACUCAUAGUGAGUAUUCACUGCUUCCUUAACUAUUGUUUACAGAGAGACUGAGAAUCAGGUUAGUUCUCUUCUAAGUGCUGUAGCAACCUAGUGGUUCGAGAAACCUGUGAGGGGAGUUUGGGGAGGGGACCUGAAAGCAGAUGACUGAGACCAGUGUAAAGAAUGUGUAUCUGUAUAUAAGUAAUUUAUCAAAUAGUUUUCUCUUUGUGAGUGUGUGUUUAGUAUAUUUAAAGCUGCUCAUUUCAUUUUAUUCAACCAAAAAGUGUAGGAAGAUAUCUAAUGAGCUUUUAGUGAUGUUCAAUAUUGCUGUUAAUAGGCAUUAUACCCUGCAAAUUCACUGCAUGUUUGAUGCUUGGCAAAAUUAGCGUUUUCUGUAAUAUGCAGAUUACAGGUAAUAAAACAAUCUAGUGGUAUUCCCGCCCCUUGCCUUAGUAAGAGGAGCAGUGAAACUGUAAAUAGUUGAUGUUCAGUAUUUGCAAGUAAACAUUUUUUUUCUGUAGUUGUUCCUUGAUCUCAAGACACAUGCUUAGUUUGCAAGUACCAGAUAUCAGGAUUUACGGAAGUGCAACAUUAGAGUACUUGAAUGUUUAAUACUGGAAAAAUCAACAUCAUCUUGGACACAGUUUUAAUGGGAGAGGUUUGGGUGUAGGGGUGGCAAGAAGCUUUUGCUAUUUUUGUCAGACAAAAUUUGUAAUCCCAAUGAUGACACAUUCUACUUCAGUGAAAAGAGUUGACACCAGUUAUUCAUAUUUUUUAUAAUCUGAAAAAGCAUGAAGACUUUACAAUGUUGUUUAUUUUAAUUAGCAGUAAUCUGCAUUUUCUUCAUCUUUCUUUCACAUUUCUGUUGGGGGUCGGUUGAUGUAAGGAACUUCAGUCCACUUCAUUAAAUGUAUUGUAACACCAGAAGAGCACUUGGUGUGUAAGACAAGUUUUGGGUUUAAUUGCCCAGUUGCAUUUGCUACCAUGAAUUGUGUCAUGCAGUCCAUGUAAAAAAUGUUUGCAAAGAAGAGGUGAUCUUUGGUAAUAAGUGACAAAUUCUGCACUGUUUAGUUGAUAAUAGCUCUCUGGUGACAGUUUUGCUAAGACCUGCAGAAUUUGAGCAAUAGUAAAAAUGAUAGUUGUUAAUCUUAACCUGCAUAUAUGGAUUUGGGGUGUAUAAACAGUUUCCAGUGCAAAAUGUAACUUGUCUUGAGUAAUAUUGAAUCUUUUGAUCUGAAAUCAUCAAAACAAGGGGGGGAAAGCCAACUAUGCAGCAUUUUUCUGUCAAGUUAUCAAACAUACAAUUCACUUAUUGUACCAAAACUGCAUUGCUUCUGAAACUUAAGCUGAUCCAGACCAAGAACACAUCAGAUCAACUUAAUUUGAUAUCAGUAGAAUAAAUGGAAAUUUUGUCUUGGCCCUAAACAUGUGCUGUUUCUUUGCAGGUUUCUAUAUUCUUUGAUGCCCACCAGUUUUUUUUAAUUAAUAUGCAUAAAACAGCAUCACUACAUUUUGAGCUAUGGAUUUUUUGGUAUAUUCUUUAUUUAUAACUGUGCCAAGUAUUAUUUUAAUACUGUCGAGAUCUUGAUGUAUUACAUUGUGAACAAAAAAUAUCUGUAAAAUGUUUAAUAAAUUAGCUCUCCUUACAUAAAUUAAAUCUGUUAAAUUUUGUAAGUUAUUAAUCAAAUAAAUAUUGACUCUUAGAGGCA